UCUGUGCGUUCGGUUUGCGAUCCUCAUCAGACCACCAUUCAGCCCGAGCGACGCACAUGGGCCGUAUGUGGUCUUCCAUCUCUUCUUGCUGUGUAGUGUAACGGGCAGAGUAUCAUUUACGGAAAGACAAGCAUUACACACCGCGGCCUACUAGCGUUUGCUACAUCUUCCUUUCAAAAGCCGCUUGCUCGUGAUCCGUGUGUGUCUGCAUCGCAGCAGAUGACGAUGACGACGACGACGAAGACCAUUAUAGACUGUGUGGUUGCGCUGUGCUGUCAAUGAAGAAUGCAGUUUUAUUGCAUUACCGUCGCCGCCGUCGACCACGUCAACUAUGGUUGUCUGCAUUGUCGUGAUUAGGAAACGCGAAGAUACCGUGAAACGACGACAGAAAAAGAGCAAACGAGAAACAGGCCACAACACCACUGCGACCGCCACCAUCUCGAGGCAGCGAAACCAUUGUGCAUAAUAUCUCGGUGACCGGAAAUCGGAUGGAAGCAGUACCGUAAGAAGCGUUACAUCCUAUCCACCCAUUGGCUGCUGGCAAGAAGUACACAUCGACAACAUCAAAAACAACAAACCCCCCCCCCCCCCCACUGGCGGCGGAAAAGUUGCACGUGGUGUUGUGCUAUUCGCAGUGUGCUAGUGUGCGGCUGGCCGUGGUGAUGUGCUGGCUGUCUCGGCUGCUGCUGGUGCUGGUUUCGCGUACCUUUCUUCGUGGCAUCCGUGCGCCGGUGCAUUCUCUAGCAGGUUGAUUCUUUGUUGCACGAAGGCACCUUUGUCUCCCGACGAGUGUUGUUGUUUUUUUUUAUCAUUUACACUUCCAAGGACUAUCGUUUCCUUUUGUGUCUGCGUGGCUGAACCGGGAAAAGCACAUGAAGGUUCCAAUACUGCACACACUUGGCACGGUUGUGUUUGUUUUGUUGGGCGGAAGAAGUGCCAGCUACGCUUUUUAGGACGAGCCAGUGCCAGACAAGUGAACGGGGCCCAACUUAUCGAUAAAGCGGAAUUAUUCUAGUGAAGCGUCAAACGUCGAACCGACCCGUUUGGUGCGUUUUUCCCACAAACACACAAUUAUCGAGGGGGUGCGCAAAAAUAAAAGUGGCCCCACAGCGUUAGAGAAGUUCUAUGUGUGGUGCUGUACCGUGUGUGUGAAUCCUUCGCUCAAGUCGUGCUAGUUUUGUGCGUGUGUGUGUGUGAAUCCUUCCGGUCCAAAACACGAUGAAUUCCGGGUCCGAUUUUGGUACCGCGAUCCGGCAGAACAGUUCACCCAAGCACGACUUCCCACUGCAGAAUGGACCAAGCCACCCGGUCGAGUACCAGAAUUACAUCGGUACAGCAGGCGGAGGAGCGGGUGCUGGUGGUGGAGGCGGUGUAGGAAUGCAAAACCAUCAGGCACAGCAGCAGGAUUUGACGAUCGAUGGUAUACCGAACAAUUUCCCCCAUCGGCGAUCGCGGGCAUCGCGAACGUUCAAGAAUCCACCGCAGCCACACAUGUGCAUCAAGGAGCGAACCGUGGACGGGAAGGAGGUGUUCAUCAACGUGCUCAGCUGGACGCGUAUCGCCAACCCGGACAAUCCGGACGCACCGAUACCGCUGUACGGUGGUAUGAAAGUGGGCAAGAUUCCUCCCGGUAGCCCGAAAGUGCCACCGCUAGUCUAUGCAGUAAUGGCGAGCCCAGAGGUACUGAAGAAGGCUGGUCGUAAAUGCCCCGACACACCGGAACGAAUGAAUCUGGUCGAUUUGAUGUGCGAGUUUGUGGAAGCCAUGAAUCCUUCUUUGCAUCUGUCGAGAAAACCUGAAAUACUCAAAGAUCGUGACCUGUCCGGUGAGUUGAAAGACGUAUGGAGUGCGGUACAGGCGUGUCGUGAUAAGGGCCGUUCGGAUAAUGGUCCUCCGGAGAAUCUAGUCGUCUACACCGAGUUCGGUCCGGACAGUGCACCCAGCUACGAGCAAACGAUACAGCAACAUCAGCAACAGCAACAGCAUCAGCAUCACCUGCAAUAUCAACAGCAAUACGAGCAGCUUCCAAAUUCACACGAACAGCAGGGUCGUUUUCCCUUAUCGGUUGGUUCAACCGGGCAGCAGCAGCAGCAACAGCAUUACCCUUAUCAUCAUCAACAACAAAGUGCAAUUAAUCUCAACAACCACAGCAACUCCUCCAUACUCACCAGUAUUGAACAGCAGAUCUCAGCGAUAUCCGUUACGGACGGUAUUGAAGGUACGAUCGGUACCAACGGCAUCACACCGACCACCGCGAACGGACCGAGCAACAACGAUGAGAUGCUGACGAAGGAAACUGAAAGUCUGAAACUGUCUUCUAGCAAUGGUAGUAGCAGCGGUACGGUUAGCAAAACCAACGGAAUAACACUGCCUAACGCGGAUGCUAUCGCGAACACCGCACCCCCAAUGACCUCGUCUUCUUCUCCAACUGUGCCACAAACGUCACCGACAAACUCUACGCCAGUGAUGCCUGCCAAGGAGCCGACAAAAAGCUCUUCGGGACACAACUUUUUUCCCAUGUUUCGCUCGUCGAAAAGUAGCAACAGCAGCAGUAGCAGCGCUAGUAGCAUCGCUGCUAAUAGUAGCAGCACUGGCGGCAACAACAGUGCCGCUAACAACGCACAGUUAAGCUCAGGUACCGGAUCCGGUGGCGAUAAACCUGCCGUGAAUGGUGGUGGUAGUAGCGAAUCGAUGGCAUCUUCCAACGCGUCCAGCGACAAUGGAACGUCCGAACCGCCGAAGGCAACGAAAACGAGCAGUAAAAAGAGUGGACUAAACUUCUUCCGACGAAACAAAUCGACCACGGAUGGUGGGGGCAGUAAGAAGGAACCAUCAACACCCACCAAACAAUCUCCAGCGGCCGGCGUACUUCCGGCCGGUAUUUCUUCAGCGACUUCCGGGCCUGCAACGCCGGCUGCCACGGGUGCAGCUUCUACCGGACCGGAGGCGAAACUGCAGACGCUCAUGGACAACGAUGCCAUAUCGCACGGAAAUCAUCGCGGCCAUCAAAAUCAUCCAUAUCAUCUGGAUAGUGGUAGCAAUGGGAAUGGUGGGGGUGGUGGUGGUGGCGAUAGUGGCAAUGGUGGAGAAAUACUUGAAACAAGUACGGCCACUAUCGCAGCAAAGUAAUGAGAGAACACCGUAGCUCACCCUCAAUGGUGCGCGCACUUCGUCUUUUCGGGUGUGCCACGAGCGAGCUGGCGCUCCUUGGCAUGUGAUAUUUUCGGCUGGGCAGGACCCUUCCUCCCUUACCUCUUCUUUUUUACCGCCCUCCGCUGGCCAAUAUCCUGGGUUGGUGCGUGAGAAAGUUGAUUGAUGGUUGAUGAUUUUAUUGUAUUAUUCAGUCGAUCCACAUUCCUACCUUUAGUGGGAGGUGCUCUUUUCUGGGGGACAUGGUUUCGACAUUAGUGGAUAAAUCUUAUUGCGGGUUGGCGUGGUGCAUGUGGGAGAGUGUGUAUGUAGGAAUAGUGUGAGUUUGAUAGAAGAAGUGUAAAUAGCAGUGCCCGCAUUCAGAGACUCGAUUGUAAGCUGCUUGCUAAGGGAAAACAUAAGGACACAAGGACAGGGUGCAGAUAGAACAAAUGUUUUUUAAAACUCUCCUUCUGGAAGGAACAACUCAUCGGUAAAACAUUGCUCACACCUUUCCAUCUCAGUAGAAUAGUGUUCGUUUGAUUUUUGUUCUAUUCUACAGAGCGUAUUCGAGCGUUCGAUUGAAUAAUGGCUACAUUGUAUUAGCAAAUGAUUAGCGCACUAGGAAAUAGACUCCAUCAGCUAACCGCUAUUAUUACAUACGGUAUUGUAAUGAAGGUACACACCUUCACACCAAUGCUACUGCCAUCUGUUGUUUCCCCGCCCAAACAAAAUGGCAUUAAUGGGAACAGUUAGAUCAACAAUUCGAUUUUAAAUGCACGGCUGGAAUGAGAUCAAUGAAUAAUCAUUACCUUUGUAUCGUGAAACAGUUGUAAGCUAUCUUUCACAGUGCUUUUGCUGUAGAGAUGCUUAAGGUCAUUUUAACCGAUCGGAUUCGAACGGGAUUCGAAUCCUUGGUAUGAACUAAAAGAAAAUAAACAGCGCUCGCUACUAUUUGGUAGGAAAGCAAACAGUAUUGUGCGCUAAACUGCUUUACCGUAGGCGACAUAGCGUAUAAAGUGGUUAGAAUAGACACACUUUUGUGUGACAAACCGAUCGUGGAGAAAUGUAACGGUGUACUAUAAUGUACUACCGUUGCUGUUUUGCAACAGGACACAGUAGACGCUAGCGAACAUGAUUUCGAACAAACGAACAACAGUGAGAGAAUUAAACGAUGAACCGGUGCAUAAGAGUUGUCAAUUUCCCAAAUGUGAAGCGAAACAGAGAGAGUGUGAAGCAAAACAUAAUAUUCUAUGAUAAUCGUUUUUAAAAGCAAGGAUCGAGGUGAGUUUAUGGAACGGGGUACAGGCGUUGCGGGCAGUAGGGAGUGUAAAGUAUGUUAAUUACAUUGAUAUUAACAAUGUUUGUUCUCGUUUAGGCACGCGGAAGAGUAUGGGCAGGAAUAGGCUAGAAUAUAGUGGACGGUGCACAUUUUCUACUUCACCUUCAUCCGACUAUCUAUGCGGUAUUAUGCUCUUUUCUAUUCAGUACGGUAUACAUAUAUAUACUAUAUAGAACCAUUUUGUGACCAGAUACUAUUUAAGCAACGUCAAACACAGGACAGACACACUCCGCACGCACCUUGUGACACACGGGUCCGGUACUUGGUUAGGACACGCUGAAAGACAUGCAAAUGCUGCCAUUUUGUUUAGUGAAACACGUAAGACAGAGGACAGAGUAAGAUUUUUUUCUUAUUUCGUUCGUUCGUUUUCCAUUCUGAAGUGAGACUGGGUUGCGAUGGAAAGGCAGGCGGCCGACAGGGGAUCUCUUAAUGCGACUAGAACUAUGUAGAAUGUAGAGUUACGCGAUACGUUAGAGAAUGCUAAAGUGUAUCCCUACCGUUGCCGGCUGGUCCUGGGAUGGAUCGCUUAAGUACUGCGUUUAGUCGAAUGAUUAAUGAAACGAGUUGCAAUUAGACACACUCACAAUGCAAAUGAUGAGGCAACAAAGAAAGUACUGCGUGUACUUGAAAUGUACUAAGUUUUUUUUUAACCAGAAAAAAGGUAUUUUAGCAAGCUUGUUGAGUGAAAGAAGCCACUUUCGAACGUGAUUAAUCUUAUGCUUAUUUUGUGUGUUUGUGUGGGUUUCUUUUGAUGUUUAUGCGAUAGUGUUUCGGUUUAGUAUAAAUAAGUGAUGGUUUAGCCAAGAUAGGUUAGCAAACGCAUCUAUUCGUUCCUUCCUACUGUUAGAUGUGGAGUGGCCCGUAGUGUGCUGCUCUCGUUGUGUAAGUUUUUGCUUUCACCGCUCCACCACGAAACAAAUCAAAGAUCUCAUUUUGGCCGCGUUUGGGGUUAGCGAAAAGAGGAUCGAAUUUAGUUUUGCUCUCUUACUAUGGUGGACGCCCUAAAGUCACUAGGUAAAGAAAAGGGAAUGAAGUCUGCAGAUGAUAAAUCAAUGACCGGAAUAUAAAACUGCCAGUGAGAGCACACACCUUAAUGAGGGAUUGUACUUUUCAGUCAGACAUCUUGCCUAAGUUAUUACAUGUGGUUUCGGAUGCACUCUCGUUCAUUCCUCAUUAAUUUACCCUCUAUCCGAGCAAACGAACGGGUCGUGGCAAGUGUGGUACAUCUUUCGUACAAUUAACCGACAGUAUAGAACACAUUAGGGUAGCAGUUUUCGCUCGUUAGUGCAAACCGUAAGCGAUGGUGCGCGAUCGCACAGCUAGCAUAUGAAUCCGUGAUAGACAGCAUCGAGACGCGCGUAUUUAUUUCAUUUCAAAGUUCAAUAUGUACUGCAGCAAUAGGAAGGUGUGCGUGUGCCGAGUGUAUGUGAGAUUUUCUUUCGUCUAAUCUGCGCGCAGUGCAGUUUUAAUCAUAAUUGUUUAGAUAUAUAUAUAUAUAUAUACAUAUAUUUUAGCGCAUAUCAAACGCAUUAGCUAAUUACAACUCCGUACACUCCA